UCAAGCCAGUCGAUGUUUAGUCAGUCGUAAGAGAACCGUCGCGCUGCGCACAUCGAACGGCACCUGGUCUCCUCAGCAACUGAUUAGAUAUCAAUUCUCUUCUAUUAUAUUUCGUUAGUUCCUAAUCGUCGUUAGCUGUUUAGGAUCGCAGUUCGUUUGACCCAAAGGGUUCCCGGAGAUUCAUGAAGGGUGCUCGUAGUUGAGUUCGAAGUUUUCGCGAGUGGUUUUUCGGUGUUCUCGUUAGUAACGGCCAGCUGUUUUAAGUGAAACGUUCAGCUCAGACGUCGUCAGAUCAGCGGCAAUAACUUCUGGCAACACCGGAUUUAUGGCAUACUACGUUCGCGAUUCGGUUGUUGUACCGUCAUUCUGGCCUUGUUUGUUUUGAACCAUCGCUGUCCUCCCAGACAUCCUCAUCAAGUUAGCCUGCACACUGCAUGAAUGUGUAAUGCUUGGCUAAAGGCAUCGAGACGGAUCGACCAUUAAGGGAGAGAGCGAGUGCGCGCGUGUGUGAGAAAGUAGCGAGCAUAGGCAUUAUUGGAGUAAAUCGGAGCGGAUUUUGACACUGGCAGAGGAGAACGCCAUACGCACCGAAAGGAAUAACGCAAGGAUAUUUUGUACCCCAAAGGAAAGCAGAAAAAGAGCAUAGAAGAGUUUCGCUGUGCAGAAACGGAGCUCAAGUGUUAUUUAGUGUUUAUAUAGGUUUAAUUCGAUUAAUCCUAGUGAGACAAUAGUUUUCGUUGGAUCCGGGAGUAGUUCCAACGAUAUUCAAGAUGAAUAAGCUAGACUACGAUGUUGAUUGCUUAGAAAUAAGUGACGACCUGAUAAGCAUGGCCGAGGACAAUACACUAGGUGACUUCUCACAUAUCGACGACGAGCUGCAGUUUGUGAAAAAUGACGGAAUGCUAGCACUAAGAUUAAUUCAAGUGGCAGAUAGUUUAGACUCACCCAACUUUAUCACCGGAUCACCAGCAAAUUCCUACCCAACGCUAACCAACUCCAGCAGCGAUCCUAAUCAAUGCUCAUUCUUUGUGAUCAAGAAAAAUAACGACAACGUGAAACAGAGCAGGCCUGCCGUGAAUAUCAGCCGGACGGGUCCGAGACCGAUCGACUGCCCCACUGACUCGAACCUGAACCGAAAGCAACAACGAGAUGACAGGCGGCGGGCGAACCACAACGAAAUCGAGCGAAGGCGGCGGGACAAGAUCAAUAACUGGAUCCACGAGCUGAACAAGAUCAUCCCCGCGGAGCACAUGAACAGCCCCUCGUCGGACCCGCAGCAGAACAAACAGAACGGUGGCCAGGGCGACAACCUCUCGAAGGGUGGCAUCCUGGCGAAAGCCUGCGAAUACAUCACCCGGCUGAAGGACACCAGCGACAAACUAACCGAGUGCCUUGCCGAAAAAGAUCAGAUCCUGCUGGAGAACCUGCAGCUCAAGGAAAGCAUCAACCAGCUGCUGGCGGAGAACAAGCGACUACAGUCCGAGCUGCAGUUUGCCCUGGCCACCAACGUGAAAAUAGAGUCGUAGCCAUCGUCGAAAAGUCAUUAUCAUGUUAUCAUAGUCUAAGCGAAAAACCUCUAGGUAUUUAAAGCCCGUUGAACGAGCGCGAACGAGAGACACGAGAGUGCAAGAGCGAGAAAGAGAGAACAUAUUACCCAUAUACAUAUGUACAUAUGUGGGUGUGCGAGUGUCGUGGUGUGUUACAGGAGGUCCUAACGCUGUGCGAUCAGACUCCCGAAAUCCGCACACACUCUCAAGAAAACGCACACAUACACACACAUGUGAGAGAGAGCGAGUUGAAUCGGAGAGAAUCAGUAAUUGUAAGUAUUCGUCAUAAUUAAUUAAUCAAUCGAUUUACCAUAUUAUAUAGUGUUAUUUGUUAUAUUACUAUUAUUGCAUUGAAGAAAACAAAUCAAAAAUAACGAAAAUAGACAAAAAACUGAGAGAAACGAGACAAAGUGAGAAACACAAACACAAGAACGGAACUAAUCGAAAUAGAGCGAAACUAUUCAAGAAACGAAACAAAAAAGCCACUCACACAUUAUUGAACCCGUAUAAUUCAGAGAAACUAGCAAACGUAAACCUACCCACAGAACAUCAAUAAUCUAAUCGUCGUUGUUCGUCAUCGUCAAUAUACCACCAACCAACCAACCACCAAUCAACCAAACCAACCAGCCACGAUUAUUAAUGAUUCAGCUUUGCAUAUUAGAGGCACGCCUUCCCUCGUUUGGUUCCGCCACCCGCAAACUGCGGCUCUUGUGUUCGAUGGUUUCCCAACUGAGCCGCGCGCGUUGUUGACUUUGUUUCGUCGCGAAAAAUUCCUGCCUAAGUUUAAUAUAGGUUCUUUCUUCUGCACAUCGGCGCGUCUUAUUUUUGCAUAUGCAUUAGUGCACCCAACUAACAAUAGAUCGAGAUGUGUCAAUAUUUGUUUCGUUCGAGCGCACCGUACUACCGCAUAUCGAUUCUGCCUUGGGGGUUGAUUCAUUCAUACUCCGGGUGACGGUCAAGUUUUGUGGACACUUCGUUGGGGGUAUCGGUCAACGUCAGGAUCGUAUUUUUGGGGAGUAGAGGGGAAAGUGGUCUGAUUUUUGGAGGGGGAUCGGAGAGUUUGCUUAAGUUGUGGAGUAGUUUUCAAGGUUGUUGCAAUUAGCUGAUUUUCUUGUUACUACAUUAAAAGACAUCGGAGCAGACUGUGCGCGCGAGCGGCUGCGUUUUUAUAACUGUCACGCAUUUUCUUCGCACCACGUUGUUUUAAAUAUUACCGGCCGAAUUGGCAAACGGCUGGUGGUGCUAUGCCCUUGGCUAUGCCUUCCUCAAAUUUAUCUCGGAAAGUGCUUGCAAGUUGAUCUUCGGUGUUCAACAUAUUUCUCUUUGCUGACGAUUUAGCGGAUCACGUAGUGUUGAGUAUGAUAAUUAGCGAUUACUGUGACAGUGUGUCUUUUUGGUGGACUUGUGUUCUUAUUGGAUGUCCGGGAGAUGCAAAUGGAGUCAACAACCUCGUCUCCACAGUACUGGAAUCCGUAUAAUUUGGUGAGUUUGUUCUUGUGUAUAAUGUUGGUGCCUAAACGCUGAACAAACGUAUCCUUUGAUCUCAACCCUUCCACUAACAACACCCAUAUUCCCGUGAUAUCAAGGCCUUAGAGGAUGUAGAGGUCUCUGCAUACUUUUCUUAGGUAUCCAAUUAAUCUUUUCCAUCACUGAAUUGUCGCAAGGACGUGGCCGAACAGCAAUCGAUCGUUGGAGGAUUGCGUCAAUCUUGUCAUGACAAAUCGGAAACAAUGAAGCACAAGUUGCUCGUUAAAUUUCAAACUGUGUAGUUUUGAAACUGAACAGUUAAGGCUCCUCUUAACAAACACGAUUUUUGUCGGCUGUUUUCCUGAGGAGUAAACAUUGAAGCUUCCUCUCAAGAUCACACAUGGAUAACACCAAGAAUUGCAUUGUGAUCAGGGAUGGGAAAUGUCAUAAAAAUGUCAUUUUGUUAUUUGCUAAUUUCUCAAUCGGAAAUGUUAAAAUGCGACAUCAUCGAUUAUCCAUAUCUUAUCAGCGUUACGGACUGGUGAUGCGUACGACCAGAAAUUUACACUGAAAGUGGUGUAAAUAGAUAAAUGUCAUGACAUUUUUUUCAUGAAAUUCCGCGAUAUUUUCCAUCCCUGGUUUUGAUUUUAUCAGUUGAUCAAUCACUCCAUGAUCACUCUUGAAUUUACAUAAGUGACCCGAUUUUGUCAGCCCCUUUUAAUAACACAUUUUUUGCUCUCUUUAAAAACUUAAACAGUUUUUCAAACUUUUUAUCCCUCUAUGUUCUGCUUCUCAGAUGUAGUUUGAUGACAAAUAUUAAUGAAUUCGAUUUUUUUUCGAAUUAGUGUAAUCAGUGCACAAUGGGUCCAGAGCCGUGUUUACGAAGACAAAAAUGUUUGUGCCUAAACCAUAAGUUUUAGAUACAUGAUGUCUUUGGGAAACUUUCUCCUUAUUUUUUGACCUUUUUUCUCAUUAUUGUGAAAUUAGGGUGGUCCCUCUAGUUUCGCUGAUCCAAACAUCUGCUUUUUAAUAGUUUUAUGUACGUUCACAAAAUGUUCUACAAAGUUGUAAAAGAACUUAUUUGGACCAAGUUUGCCGAAGAAACCAUUAUUCUAUCUUUUAUGGUUCCUAACUUAUAAUUUUUUAAAAGAUUCAUGUUAGGGUGAUCCAUGAAUUUCAGUUUCCCUUAAAUAACUUUUAAUUGGUUCGUUUCUCGUAAAUACUUUGUUCCGAGCACUUUUAGAACUAUCAACGACGCAUAUUUUUUCCAAAGAGCUCAAAGUUCUAACUCUCAAAGUUAAAAAGAUAUUGGCAUUUUUCUUCGAAAAAUCACUUUUUUUUUUUUUAAGUCAUAUCUCAAAAAGGAGCAAAUGGAUUUUCAAUCUCUCGGUUGCAUUGUAAAGAUCGUACUCUGUUCUAUUCAUGGUGAAAAAACUGCAGGUACCUUUUUUGUUUAAAACUUUUUAUUAAAUUUUGAACAUAUGAUUUUUUUCAUGGAAAUGCAGUUGUAACUUGAAAAAUCGAUGAGAUACAAACUUGGCGUCUUCGACAAAAUUGUGAGUUUUUGGCUGCUCUAAAAGUGCCCAGAACAAAGUAUUGCAAAAAAAUAAACACAUAAAAUUAUAUUGAAUAAAAACCGAUUUUCAGAUGGAAAGCGGAACAAUUUCAGCAAACUCGACUAGUCUUUGUUAGAUAGUGCUUCUUGAGAUUUGUGCGUCUGAAGUUUUAAUGCACUGUUGAAGCGGGAUUUCAAGACGUUUGUCCUUAAGUUGUGGAAUAGCUUUCAAGCUUGUUGCAAUUGAGCUUAGGGCUGUUUGGGACAAUCACAGAAAUCAGCUGAUUUUCUCGUUACCACACGAAUAGAGAUCGUAGCAGGCUGUGCGCGCGAGCGGCAGCUUUUUAAAACUGUCACGCGUUUACUUCGCUCUCCGUGUUGUUUUGAAUAUGUCCGGCCGAGUUGAGAAUCGUCUGGUGGUACUGUGCUUUCCACAAAUUUACCUCGGAAAAUGCUGGCAAAUUGAUCUUCGUUUCGCGUACCUGACGAUUCAUCAGAUCACGUAGUGUUGAGUAUGAUAAUUUGUGAUUGUUGUGAGAGGUUGUCUUAUUCGCAUCGGAGUGCCGGGAUACAUCUUCAUUUUCGCGUGAUUUCCAAAUGAUUUUUGGUGAUAUUGCCAAGGGCGUAGCCAGCUUUUAGGUGAGGGGGGGGGGGGAGGUGCAAGCACCCUUAGUAAAUUUGUACCUACUAGCUUUUAUAACUAAACGCAAUACGAGGAAAUUGAAUAUAAUAACAUUAUAUUCCAAAAGCAUUAUUUAACCCUUCAGCAGUCACGCUUUUGUAUUUUUUACAACAACUACAACUGGAUGACUAAGGAUUUUUAUUUACUCGUGCAUUAUUUUAGUCUGAUUGUUUUUUGUUAUUGUCUACAAUACAUUCAUAAGACAUUGUAGCUGAACUCUUUCUGAAAUAACGAACUCUUUUGAGGACUAACCUAGAAUUUCCUGGUUCCUGUAUGCGUUCUAUUAAAAUUAUCUUCCAACACUAUUCGUUGGAGGAAUUCCUCCAAAAAUUCUUGAACUAAUUAAAAAAAAUCAUCUGGUUAUCCUGGUGAACUUUUUGGGCACACCCCUGAAAAGAUGAUUGAUGGAUUUCUGAUAACUCCGAAAGAACUCCAGAAUGAAUUUUUGAAGAGAACUUGAGAGGAAUUUCUGAAGAAACCACUUGAGGAAUCCCUGGAUGAACCCCUGGAGCAAUUCCUACAGAAAUGCCUGGUGGAAGCCCUGGAAGAAUUUCUGAAUGUAUGUCAGGAGGAAUUCAUAGAGAAAUUUCUGAAGUAAUGUCAUGAGGAAAUCCUAGAAGAAAUCCUAGAUAAAUUUCUGAAGGAUUCCUUGAAGGAAAUUCUGGAGGAAUUCCUGGAGGAAUCCGUCCGGAUAUUGUCCAGAAGAUGGGCUAGAUCUCGCCCGAAACCGGUCGACAAAAGGUGAUUUUUUUAAUCUUUUCUUGACGAAUGUAAGAACGAUAAGUGUUGUCUUGUGUCGCGUCGUGUAUUGUGUGUGCCCUGGAGGAAUCCAUGGAGAAACUUCUGAAAAAAUUCCUGGUGUAAUCCCUGGAAAAUCUCCUGGAGAAAUUUCCAGAGAAAUUUCUCUGGGAGGAAUUCCUGGAAAAAAUAUGAAAAAAAAACCUUUGAGAAAUUCUAGGAGGAUUUCCUGGAAGAAUCCUUGGAGGAAUCUCUGGGAAUAUCUCUGGAGAAGCCGCGGAGAAAUCCCUCGAUGAACCCCUGAAGCAAUUUCUGAAUGAAUCUCUGGAGGAAUUCCUGGAGAAAUGCCUGGAGGAAUCCCUGAAAAAUUCUUGAAAGUAUUCCUGAAGAAUUUUCCGGAAGAAUCUUUGAAGAAAACCCUAGAGGAUUUCCUAAAAGAACUACUAACAUAAUUUCUGAAGGAUGUUCAGGAGCAAUUUCUGAAGAAAUUCCUGGGGUAAUUCAUGGAGGAAUUCCUGAAGGAGUUCGUGGAGAAAUUCUCUAAUAAAAUCCUGAAAGAAAGGGAAUUGCUGGAGGAAUCUCUAGAGAAAUUCUUGAAAGAAUUACUGGAUGAAUUUCUAGAGGAAUCUCCUGAGGAAUUCUGAGGAAUUCUGGGUGAUAUUAUUUUUCUAUUUCUGAAAAUAAAACCCCUUGAGAAAUUCCUGUAGGAAUUUCUAGCGGAAUUUCUGGAGGAAUUCCUGGAGAAAUCCUCCAAGGAAUUCCUGAAGGAAUCCCUGGGGGAGUCCUUGAAGAAAUUUGUGGAGAAAUCCCUGGUGGAAUCCCUGCAAAAUUCCUGAAGGUAUUCCUGGAGAAUUUCCUGGAAAAAUCCUUGGAGCAACUUCUGGAUUUCUGAAGGAAUCUUCGAAGGAUUUCCUGGAGGAAUCCCUGGGAAAAUCCCUGGAGAAAUUUGUGGAGAUAUCGCUGGGGGAAUUCCUGAAGCAAUUUCUGGAUGAAUCUCUGGAGUAAUUCCUGGAGUAAUGUCUGCAGGAAUCACUGAAAAAUCCCUGAAAGUAUUCCUGGAGAACUUCCUGGAAGAACCUCUGAAAAAAUCCCCUGAGGAUUUUCUGGAAAAAAUCCUAGAGAAAUUGCUGACAUUAUUUCUGAAAAAUGUCCAGCAGCAAUUCCUGGAAAAAUUUCUUGGGGAAUUCCUGGGGUAAUUCCUGGAGGAAUUUCUGGAGGAGUUCCUGGAGAAAUUCCUGGAAAAAAUCUUGAGGAACGGCUGUAAAAACGGCUGCAGGAAUCUCUAGAGGAAUUCAUGAAAGAAUUACUGGAUGAAUUACUAGAGAAUGUCCAGAUAAAUUCUGGAGAUUUAUAUUUCUAUUAUUUUACUAUUUCUGAAAAAAUCCUUUGAAAUGAUCCUGGAGGAAUUCCUAGAGAUAUCCUCGAAUGAAUGCCUGGAGGAAUCCCUGGGGGAAUCCCUGUGAAAUUUGUGAAGAAAUCCCUGGAGGAAUCUCUGGAGGAAUUCAUGAAGGAAUCCCUGAAAAAUUUCCGAAGGUAUUCCUAGAGAAUUACCUGGAAGAAUUUCUGAAGAAAUCCCUAGACAAUUUGCCUGAAAAAUCCAUGGAGGAUUUCCUGGAGGAAUCCCAGGGAAAAUCGCUGGAGGAAUUCGUGGAGAAAUCCCUGGAGGAAUCCCUGAAGCAAUUCAUGAAGGAAUCUCAGGAGAAAUUCCUGGAGAAAUGCCUGGAGGGAAUCCCUGCGAAAUUCUUCAGAGUAUUCCUGGAGAAUUUCCUGGAAGAAUUUCUGAAAAAUCCCCAGAAGUUUUUCUUAAAAAAUUUCUGGAGAAAUUGCUGAAGGAUGUCUAGGAGCAAUUCUUGGAUCAAUUCCUAGAGAAAUUGCUUAAGGAAUUCCUGGAGAAUUUCCUGGAGGAAUUCCUGGAGAAAUUCCUGGAUAAAAUCCUGGAGGAAUAACUGGAGGUUUUUCUUUGGGAAUUGCUGGAGGAAUCCUUGAAGGAACUUCUGGAGGAUUUCUUGCAACAAUUACUGGACGAAAUUCUGGGAGAAUCUCUAGAGAAACUCUGGGAGAAAUUUCUGAAAAAAAAAAUCCCGUGAGAAAUUCCUGGAGGAAUUUCUAGAGAAAUUUCUGGAGGAAUUCAUGGAGAAAUCCUCGAAGGAAUUCCUGAAGGAAUCCCGGGGGAAUCCUUGGAGGAAUCCGUGGAGUGAUUCGUGGAGAAAUCCCAGGAAAAAUCCCUGAAGAAGUUCAUGGAGCCAUUUUUAGGGGAGGAAUCCCUGCAGCCACUCCUGGAGGAAAAUCUGGAAGAAUUCCUGGAAAAAAUCUAUGUAGAAGGUUUUCCUAGAGAAAAUUCUGGAAGAAUUUCUGAAGGAAUCCCUGAAGGAUUUCUUGGAGAAAUUCCUGGAGGAAUUGCUGACAUAAUUUAUGGUGGAAUUCCUUGGAAUUCCUGAAUAAAUCCCAUGAGGAUUCCCGGACGAAAUCCCAUGAGGAAUUCCUUAGGAAAUCCUGGGAAAGCAAUGCGUAGUGUGGCUAGCAUAAGUUGAAACCGUUUUUGGAUUAAGUACGGAGUCAAGAAUCUGACUAUAUGGAAGCAUUUCGUCUUCGGCAAAGAUGAUCAGGACAUCAAGAGCUAACCAAUGAUGAAUCAGUUGAUUCUAGGUAUAUCCGCUAGGUGGCGCUGCUAGUGUGUCGUAGAAAUUUUAAACAUCUGUAUUUUCUUGAUCCACCUUAAGUUUAUUCAGAGAAAUUGUGUUUAAAUCGGUGUAGAAUUAACUUUAUGUUAAAAUACACAUUGAUAAAAAGGUACAUUUCAAAGCUACGUAAUUUUUAGCUAAUUUGCAUAUACAUAGUUCAGUUUUAAAUUUCUUCAAAAAUAUUAUCUAUUAUAAUUUACAUGUGCAUUCGAAAACGGGCUUUAUUUAUAGCAACAACUUAAAUAGUAGAAGACCAUAUUUAUCUAAAAUUCUUUCGGAGGAACUGAAUGCAUUUUUCCUCGUGAAUCUGAAUUCUGAACCAUUGUACAAUGUACACGCGAAAAAAUCCGUUAUGAUAAACGUGAACAAACAAAUGCAAAUAUGAGAACAAGCAAAUAUACACCGUGAACUGGAACUAGUUCCAGCUGUCAAGUUCACGUAUAUCGGAACGGAUUUUUUUGCGUGUCAUAUAUUUCUGUAACACUUUCCGUGUUAUUCUAUCCUUAGUUAGAGUCCGCUUUCUCAUUGACCGGAAUUUGUUAAUGAGAAGGCACUCAUACUAUUACUACUAUUAUAGCAAUGUUGGUAGAGCUCAGCGAGUAACAUGUAAAAAUGUGCAAGCCAAGACAAUUCCACUGGAUAAUUUUCACAUUUCAAUUCAGCCUGCCAAAUUGAAAAUAACGCGGGACGGAAACAAUGAAGCACGGGUUGCUCGCUUAAUUUCAAACUGUGUAGUUCUGAAAGUGAACAGUGAAGACUCCUCUUAAAAACACGAAUUUUGUCGACUGUAGCAGUUUUUCUGAGGAGUAAACAUUGAAGCAUCCUCUCGAAUUUUCAAGAUCACAAAUGGGAAAUACCAAGCAUUGCGUUGUGAUUUCAUCAGUUGAUCAAUCACUCAUGAUUUUGAAUUUAUUUUUUCCCAUUGUAUGUACGAAGUAAGCGUUACACAUUUUCACAGGAACAGGAUAAGACUUAAUUUAAAUACUAUGACAAUAUCAAGCUUAAGAUUAGGCUUUGUCCGAGUGAUAGUGUAAUACCAGGAUGUUGACGAAACGAAAAAGGGUGUGAACGGUGGCCUCGGCUCAACAAUGAUCCACCCUAGAACCCGCAAAGCCCUGCUUAUCACAUCGUCACUUCAGGCGAAAAAAUGUCGUUGAAAAAUAUAGCUUCUGCUAAACAAAUUAAAACCAAUGUAGCCGUAAGUAAACGCAGUUACUCACGCUGCAAGAUAAAUUAUAGCCAGCAUGACACGGUUAUGAUUGUAAAUUAGAUCUCGCGCAAACAAACCACCUCACGCGCACAUAUCGCACGUAUCGCGCCUUGACAACUGAGGUCACUCGACACAGCGCCUAAAGCAAGCAUCGUCGCUUUAGAGAUGGAAUGCUCCAAAGAUCCAAUUCAAAUAUUGAUCCAAAUCUCGGGCAUUCUUCGAUUUCCAGUACCAAUAAUGGCACUUAUGAACUUUCAGCGCAACAACUAUUUGCGUGUUUCCAUGGGCAAUCUACAUACAAUCCAAUUCAACUUAGGAGGCUGUGACGACGACGACGACGUGUUACUAUCACCCGCUCGACAUAGCUUGAGGAUAAAUCAAUUAUCACCGUUUCAAAAUAAUCGCAAACGACCACAAACAUCGUGCGAAGUUGCUUCUCUGUAUUAUCGUUGGAGACGGGAGUGCGAUAGCUACAGAGUAUUGGAAAAUUGUCCGUACGGUUACAUCAACUAUCCUAUAUGCUUCCAUAUCGCAUCAUAUGUUCCACACCAACAAUAACAAACCCUAGUGGGCUCGAAACAGGCACCAUACGUCAUGAUUUCGAGAAAAACAUAUACAUACACCAUGAGAAGGGCCAUGAAAUUAUAACGCGAUGUCAUCGUUUUCGAUUUUUUGUUGUGGAAAAGCGGCUUGUUGGGCCUGGAAUCAUGAAUUAUGUUCAUGAAUACAUAGCCAUACGUCAUGAAUCCAGUAUCUGUCAUUAAUGAUUAAAAUUUCUAUUGUCUAAGAGUGCCAUGUUGGGUUUGCGGAUUGCCCGGUAUGUUUUGACUAAGAUGGAAGUAAGCAAGUUUGAGCAACACUUGGAGUGCCCCACUGUAUUUGUUUUGAUUCAUGAUUUGCGGUAUCUCAGUCAAGUAAUUAUAUUUAUGAAAACGUGAAUAGUUUUGUUGCAACGCUUUCGACAGCAAGUUUGACAAUCGUGAUGUUUUUUUCAAUGAUCAUGAUCAUGAUCACAUAAAUUCGUGUCAUGAUAACAUGAAUUCGAGUCAUGAUAACAUGAAUUAUAUUACGCAUCCCAGAUGUUAUGUCCCGUUUGAGCAACUUCUCAACAUACUGUAGUUUCCAACUACAUAUUUGCCCACAAACACAGCAAACACAAUCACCGAAGCUAUGUGUGCGCGUCUGGAAGUGAAAUCGAUCACGACCUAGCUCUCAGCAUAGUAUGCGCAGAAGUUUAGAGCAGUAGGCAAAAUAAUAGCGAUCGCACUAGCACCUCCUCCUCCUGGCCUGGGCGGAAGCCGUAUAGCCAAAUAUCAUCACCGGCCGGGGCCACGUCAAACGCGGGCUUCACUGUUGUCUGUCCCAAUCCUAAGUGAUACUGUACACAUGUCAUUUUUUUUGUAUUGCCCCAUGGGCCUCUGACUCGCGGCAGCUCGUCAAGAUUAACCGUCCUCCUAAACCGGGCGCGCAUUGUGUUAUCAUCAUGAUAAUUGAAGCUGAAUAUACCCGCCUUCACUGCUUGCUCGCUCGCUUAGCCCCACCGCCAAAACUAGACGCAGUAGGCGGAUGGAAGGAGACCCCUCUGGGCCUACUCCGAUUUGAUGCUUGCCUAGUGCUGCUCACGGAUGACAACGCGGGCGCGGCGGACACCCGAAGGAGAACUGGAUUAAUUUUUCAACAAAACGUUUAUUUGGAGAUGCUGAUGCUGACGAGAGGAGACGACAGCAAUGACAUUGCCAUUACGGGUGGUGACGACGAAAACGACGUGGCGUGACAUGGUCGAAAUCGACCAGCAGAGAGUGGUAACCGAGCUAGAACGACAUCGAGAUUUUAAAAGCUUGCUAGGAUUGGGAAACUUCCAUGAAGCUUGGGUUGUAGCAUGGCAUCCUUUGAUCAUCACAAGAUUAUCUCAGAAUGUGUAAGAAGCACAUAUUCCCCAUUUCUCAAAAUUCUUUAAUCUCUUGAGGUAUUUUUGUUUACCCUUUGAAAACUUUUUCGGUACUUUCUCUAAAAUUGAUACGAUCCAUUUGGAAUAUUUUUGGUAAUUCAUUCGAAAAAUUUCCAUGCAGUUCUUUUGCAAACGUCUUUGGUCUUUGCAAAAUUUGGAUUGUGGCAUAGCACUCUUUGAUCAUAUUAGGACGAUGACGUUUUGGACGGUGCUACGCCAUCUUCAGCGAAUGAAAAAGAGUUCGUUCUCCGAGGUUUUUUUCUUAAUAAUGAGAAAUCGCAUUUCUGUAUUUUUCUGCUAGCAGUAGGUAGGGUAUCGCGCUACUUGGGCGGUGAUUUUCUUCGUCUGUUAUUUUCGUCUGUUUUCCACUGUAACUCGGUCAAUUUUGAACCGAUUGACUUGAAAUUUUGUACACGGGUAGAUACUAUACCUAUCUCACCGCAUUCCAAGAAUUGUGUGAAUUGGUUCAAGAUUGACUGAGUUAUAGUGGAAAACAGACGAAUAUAGAAGCCACCGCCCAAGUAGCGCGAUUCCCUACCUGGAAACGCAUACGAGAGAGUCUAACCCGGUUCCGCGUUUUGCCGCAUGAAUUGUGACAUGCCGAACCGCAAAACGGUUGGUGUCCCUAGGCCAUUCGGUAGUUUUUCCAUAAAAAAAGUGUUUAUUAAUAAGUUUGGCUCGUGUUUUACGGGAUUUUUUCGCGUAUUCGUUUAUUACGUUCACACUAUCAGUGAUUUGAGAGUGGUUCCACCAGAAUCUAACACACUCAUCAUUUCGUGAGUGAGGAAAGUUUAGUAUGUUCCAAUGAUGACUGACUGCUGUUAACAUAGUAAGCAUUGAAUCUGUAACCCUUCAACAAAUCAUUCUUUGUUAGUAUAGGGCACUGCACUGUUUUGAUUUUGUAUGAGAUUUUGACGUUUCUUGGCCUUGUUGUUAACAAAAUUUCUAUAAGAGUGAAACAGAAGGAGAUAAUUCCAUGCAGUGCCCUAUGAUCCGGCGCUUUUCAUUCUAUCAGGUUAUGGGCCCAGGAUAGCUCUUACCGACUGGUGUAGCCUAGUAACCGUCCAAACAACAAGCCGAAAAGUGAAAAUUAAUGUUUGACCAGCGUGUUCUGUUCAGCAGUGCGUCUCAUCAACCCCUGGAGAAGCUGAAGGGCUGUGACGACUACUCAGCGUGGGCGUUCGGAAUGCGGAUGGCGAAGAUCAUGGAGACGAGCUGUGAAUUCCCCGGACGACGUGCAGAUCAGCGAGGAUGUGUCGGACCGUGCUUUGGCGAUAAUUUAUCUCAGUAUUGAGAGGUAUAACUAUAGCCUCGUUCAAAAUGUCCGAACAUCCAAACAAGUUUGGCACAGCCUUCGGACCGCUUUCCAGGACGACCUAGAUGCUGAUGUGGAAGUGAGUGCUGUGGCACCUUAACGUGGACAGCGUGAAUCGAUUACCUGGCAUGGGCACCCUGUGUCCCUUGCAUGGAGGCGAUGCAUCAGAGGUUACCGUUCAAAUCCGGUGGUACGGAAACAGCGAUCUUCUCGAGAUCGUGCAUUCGGACGUGUGUGAAGCCAACCUCCAAGCCUUCCCUUGGGGGUGAACAAGUGUUUCCUCACCUUUAUUGAUGAUGCGAGCAGGAUGACCUUCAUCUAUUUUCAGAAGGCCAAGAAGGAGUAGUUCUAGGCCUACUCUGAAACCCAGACUGGGAAGAAGCUGAAGUGUCUGCGAACCGACAACGGUGGCGAAUAUACCGGUAAGCAAUUCGAGGAUUUUCUCAAGUCGAAUGGUUUUCAUCACGAAACGACCGUGCCUCACAAUCCGAAGCAAAAUUGGUUGGCUCAGCGCAUGAACCGGACAAUUCAGUAGCGAGCUAGAAGUCUGCUGUUUGACGGCAAGUUGGACAAACGAUUUGGGGCGGAAGCGAUAGCCGUUCACUUAAUCAAUCGGUCACCGACGAAAGGUAACUCCGUCACCCCUUUCGAGAAGAUUGCGGUAUGGAAAGCGGAUCUUUCCAGUCUACGAGUCUUCGAGUCCAGACAGAGCCGUGUGUCCUGAUCGGCUAUUCGGAGUGCUCCAAGGCUCCUCUCGCAUUAUUCUCAGUAUCCUACGAUGAGGCGCAGCGGGAGGGAACUUGAACAGUACUGCGCACCCGUCACACUCGAAGGAAGUAGCUGUUGGAGUGCAACACACAACUGGGAACAGCAUUAAGCCAGGACGACUGGGACCGAUGGAUUGAGGCAAUAGGGGCAGAAUUCGAUGCGUUUAGCGCGAACAAGACGUGGUGUCUGGUGGAACCGCCGAAGGUACGGAAAGCUCCGGAUAACAAGUGGAUCUUCAAGGUCAAAGUCAAUUCGGACGGCACCAUCGAACGUUACUAGGCAAGACUUGUGAUAAAAGGAUUCUCGCAAGUGAAAGGAGUGGACUACAGCGAGACGUAUUCUCCCGUUGUCCGCUGCGCCACAUCUCUACCGCUGGUCAUUCUACUGAACCUCUUCGUGUACCAGGUGGACGCUAUCACGGCAUUCUUCCAAGGUGAUCUGACUAGAUAUACAAGGAGUAUGGAACAUCAAACUGGACCAGAAGCUCAAGCGGAUGGGGCUGAAGCGCACGUGUCGUACGUUCGUGUAUUACAAGAUGAAAAGUGGCAAGAUCAUCAACCUUUCUACGUUGACGACUUUCUUUUGUACUCCAACGAUCAUGGUUUGAUCGACGAUGUGAAGCAGAAGUUGUGAGAUGAAUGAUGAAGGACCUAGGCCAAACCAAGCAGAUUCUGGGUUUGCGUGUUACCAAAACAGAAAAAAAAAUUGUGUACAUAUUUUGAGUUUGGAUUUAUAUUUACCAUAGUAUCCUACGCAAAGUAUCAAAACACUUCACUCUCUACCUACCGACUAUAACUCAUUGCACAGAGUCGCAAAGGAGAUUCCACUCAGAACAGAGUACGUAAUCCAAUAAUUUAUGGAAGAAAAAUUUGAUCACUCACGCCUCGCAGCCUGCGGCGCUGGCACUUCCUCCACUCUUUCCCGGAUACGUUCAUCAAAGCAGGCCAGAUAACGGCCUUGAUAGAGAUGUCGUGCCGGCGCGGAGCAUGAUUUAUAUUUACAGUGUCGCGCAGUUUGAUUGGAUUGGAAUCCGUUCACGACCAAGACACGCCGCCUGCCGUGCAAGGCUAUGGGUACUGCCUAGUGGAAGACGGCAGCACCGGUUAUCAGGCAUCCGCUCGAAUUACGUCUAAUUCAUAUGACCGGCGUGACGUUCGUCACUUGGCUAUCAAAGAACACCUACCUACCUACCUACGUCCUAGGCAAUACCUGCGCGGUUGUUUCCACGAUGACUAACCGAACCGAGGGCACGUGACAAUGAGCGCGUGAGAUACGACACUUGUCAGGUGUAUUUCUUUUUUUUCGGGGUGGAAGCUCUCUAAGCUAUUGUUUCGGUGUGACGCCACUUUACAACGGUGUAAAUCUUCCGCGCUGAAACACGCUUAGAGAACAUCCCAAGAAAGCCCUGCGCGUAAUCAUAGCAGGCACCGGGAAGUGUAUUUUUAUGCUGGAAGAAUGCGCCCGCUUUAUCUUAUCAAAGCAAGCGGACAUUGAUUGGGUGUGCUGGAGGGAAGAGGGGUGGUCGGAUUGCCGAAUGAAAACAAACAUACCCCGACCGAGCGAACCACGAGAUUUUGACGUCGUCCUAUCUGUGGCAGAGGAAUUAGUCGCGGGCGCGGCGGGUCAGCAACAAGAAGUUACUUGCGACCGGUGCUGAAAAAGGCAUUUCGACAUAUCUAAAUACGACCGCAUCCAGCUUAUUUUAGAGGCUCAACCUGAGAAUAUGGUAUAUGAAAAACUGAAUAUGGUAUAUGAAAAACCAGUUCUGCAAGGAAGUCACGGAAAACCGCUCUUUAUUGAAUAUUUAGGGUAAAAGUCACGGACUACCUUCGAAAAAUGCCAAUUGAUAUUCACCAUGAAUAUCAUUGGCAUUUUUCGAAGGUUGUCCGUGACAUUUAUCUUAAAUAUUCGAAAAAGAUCCAUUUUUCCGCGACUUUCUUGUAGAACCCGUCUAGCCCCACAAGUUUUUCAUAUACCAUAUUUUAAGGUUGAGCUUCUAAAAUAAGCUGAAUGUGGUUGAAUUGAGAUAUGUAAAAAUGACAUUUUCAGCACUGCUUGCGACAUUGCUAGUCCACAAUCGGAUGUACAAUGUGACAAUUUGUCACUACAAGUGGACAUUCUGUCAUUUGCAGCAGAGCAAUCGUUCAGCAAAAAUGGUUGUUUAUCUUUUCCAUACAUUUUUGACAAUUACUGAAAUUCUUAAGAGUCGAUUACCGAAACUACCGAAAUAGUUCUGCUGUUCAAACUCUGGGGUUUUAGAAGUUAUUGUCUGCGUCCUCAUUAAGCCUGAUCGGAUUCAAGAAAUUUUCUCGAAGUAUGAGCAUCCUAACAGUUAUCGGCUAAAGGGAGGAAUAUUAGUGUGCAGCCAAUCGUAAAACCGUUAUCACCUCUGACUCCAGGUAGUGCUUCUUGAUUCGCACGUAUAUUACAGCACCGCAUCGCCUACUUCGCUGCGGCCGGCGCCGACUUAAAUGUCACACUGUGUAAAUAUUUUUAUCCCAUAGCAGUUGGCUGGUUUGGAUAUUGCAAUCAACAACAGCCAGAAAGCAUGAAAGGCUGUGGGUUUGCUUGCGCUGCUCAUGGGAGACGAGUCGUUGGCAGCUGAAGUGUGUUUACUAACAAACACCCACCGCACACCAUACUCAUUCACUCUCGAUAUCAACGAAGUGAAGUACCGCCGGCUGACUGACCGGCACGGCACGAUGAUACCCUUCUACCAACAAUUAAAAGUUGAAUUGUAAAUUUUUCGCAACGCGCAUCUUAAUCGCUUCAUUGACUAUCAUCGGUGGAGAUGGUGGCCAAGGAGUCACGUUUUUCCCGCCUCUCUCUCUCCGGGUAUAAUUCGGACACUUCGAAAAGAAGUGAUAAAACCGACGACGAGGAUUCCUAGAAACUACUGCGAGCCGCUUCUUCAAGAAAUAAGAAUCGGCAGCCGCCGGCAUAACCGUUAAUUGCUUGUAAAUUGUAACAAUUGAUUGUAUAGAAGAGACCUAAUCCAGUCGAUUGAAGUCGAUUGGUAAUUGACUACAACAACCGAAAGGGAGGGCGGCGGCAUCCAAGUAGGCUUACUGCUGGUUGUUGGUGUGUAGUAAACAUGAUCAUCGUAGUUGGCUUUGGAUUGAAGUAUGUAUUUGAAGUAGUUUUUCUAACGUUGGGCAGCAGCAGCGGGGAUACCCGCAGUUCGAUUGCUGUGAGUUCCCAGAUGACAAGGGGGAAUUGGUUUUGAAUACUCGUCGUGCAAAGUAGGCUUACUGCACGUGAGUGGGAAAACUAGACGGUUUAUUCAAAAGAGGUGAUUUUAGUAUUUGUUCAUUGUCUGAGAGGCGUAACAGUAGCACUAAGCACUAGCGAGUGCAGGAUUUUGUGUUGCCUUUUUUGCCCGUUACCAAAGCACAGAGAUUUUGGGCAAAUCACUGGCUCUCAUACCAGAUUGACUCAAUCCUCUAACAAUCGAGACCAGGACACGUUCUUCCGACCUGGGUUCCUGAUUUUCACUUUGCAUCUUUAUUCGCAUUGGAAGCCAUGCGGUAUUCAUCACCAUUUUUUUCAUUCGCUUCCGAUACUAAUUGCGAACGAACAGCAACGAACAACAAUGCCAAACGGAUGGGGCAUCGCAUCACACUUGCGAUGAGGUUGAGUGAUUAAUUCAGGACAACCCGUUUGCUGCAUUUUUCUCGACUCACCUCAGCAAAGAUGAGUGAGUAUGUUGUGAGAGUGAGUUAUGUGAGUGAGAGGUCUACAUGAAAAUCUACAUUUAAAAUCUAGAGGAUUUCCUGAAUGAAUUCACAACGUAUACAAAACUCUGUAGAACAAGCUGUAGAAUGAAGAGUUCAAAAUUGCUAGCGGAUUGUUAUUGCUUUCAGAAAUACUAGAAAAUAUUGGAAGAAUUUCUAGCAUUCCGAAGGUUAGACUUAGCCUCAUUUCUUUAAAAAAAAAAGAAGACAAUUCACACGGUCUUCAGCCAGAGGCUGCACAGACUGAACACAAUUACUUACACAAGACAACGGAUAACACACAGAACACCCAGUGGCUCAGUGAUAAAUUUUUCGCUUGACGAACAUUUUCCAUCGACUGGAGCGGGAAUCGUCCCCACACUCGAUACACCUAGACGACUGCCGCCGCUAACCGCACGGCCACGAAGCCCGCAACGAAAUAUGGUUGAGUUUUCUAGAGAUUUUCUGCCUCAGUAGAGAAUGAAAUUUAUGGCUGGAUUCCUGACAAAACUUAGCUUCACAUUCGUUAGAGAUCAUCAAGGAUCAUCAAGGAUUUUUGCAUAAUUAUAUUCAAUAGUUUUUCAUGCGUUAAUUCCCAAAAAUCAUGAAACUCUUCCAGAAAUGACUAGAAUUACGCUUGAAAGCAGUUUUCGCAGCGAUCAAGCUGUUUUCUGGACGAUUUUCUCACGAAAUUUGGGCUUUGAAUUGCUUUGGAAAUUCCUUCAGCAAUUUCUGUGAAAGCUUUGCAAAAAGCUAUAGUCCGGGAGUUAGAAGGUGAUAGCUCUAUUGCAGAUUCAGAGACCCAUUUCAGAAUGGCUGGAGAGACACGUCCAUUCAGAAGACACUUUCACUUGCAAUAAGCCCCGCAUGUGUACAUUACCGUUAUCAUUUGGAUAAUGAUAAUGCAAACACACUUCCUGAUUUAAAAAAAUCUUCGAAACUGGCGCGUAUUUAGUUAAUUUUGAUGUAGGAAUAGUAAUCAGAACAUUCUCACCGGAAUCCAUCCAAGGUAGCGCUGCCAUCACCAUGGGAACGUCUUCAAUGCGCAGUCAGGUUUUCUCCUCAUCUCGCCACCGUUGCGCAUGCACCGUGACAUGCAGUCAGUCAUCAUUUGAACACACGUCACUUUAGAUCCCACGCAAUUAUGAAUGUUAAAUCACACGGGAUGAUUCUGUAAUCACUCGCGAAUCACUGAUGGCAUGGUGUUCUACGUGAAAACGCGAAGUAUGCGGCACAUUCCUACACUUCCGAAGUGAAUGUCAGCACCGUUUGCGAACCCGAACUACUUUAGCAGCAGCAUUCAAACACACAUACAAUUUUUGAAACAUCUCGCUAUUGCCCGAUUCGUAUUGAAAUUAUUAAAUUUUGCGAAAUCAAUCAAUCCAUUUCUAUCUAAUAAAAAAUCACCGAACAAGCACUCUUUCACGCGCUGAAGCUAUCCGGAUGGCGUAGCACCGGCCAAACCCUCAGCAGAAUCACAAAAAAUUGGCGAAAGCGAAAGAAACGUGACGAGCAAAACAAAACACGUCUGCACGCGGCUACGCCUACUGCGCUUCUCAACUUUUUUUGGAUGCUGCAUAUUUGCUGCAAAACUUUUUUGAGAUUUUAUACGUAAGCCCGGUUUCGAGUUCAACAGGAAUCGCUCAAGAAACUUCUUGAGCGAUUCCUGGCAGGAGCUUUCUACGUUGACUGCCAUUUGAACUAUCAUUUCUUCGCAACUGCGUACUGCGAUCGAAGAAAAAACGGUUUCUUGAGUGAUUCAUGCAAGAAAUUUCCCAUGCAUCAAGAUAGGCUAAGAAAUUCCUUUUGAUCUUUAUGAUGAACAGUGUGCUUAUAUUCAUUAAAAGGUGCUGAUCAUAAGUAGCUAUUAACAAAAUUUUAGGGUAUAAUAAAUUGUUACAGAACAAACAAGCGUUCGUCAUUCUUAUAUCUUUUAGCAAAUGCACGUUUGGUGAAAUGAUUCAAUGACUUGACACCGUUUAACCCCAAUUAGAUGUACGGUUAUCAGUGUUGUAAUGAAGCAAUUUCGGGCGGUUCUUAUGUGACUCAUCAGGUUUUCAAAUAUGGGAAGCCUCAUCAAAACCUAUAGUUGAAGCCCCGUUCCAAAGGCCACAUCAUAAUCCACAGAAACAGUCAUCAAUGGAUGGCGACCGAACCGAACUGUGUAAUUUCGAAGCCACGCACAAACCUACAAACUCCGAUCGUUAUUGCACCCCGGCGCAAAAAUUCAGAUUGCCAUUCAAUUACACACAUUAAAUGUAGAUUACUCACUGAUAGCAAUUUUCCGUUUUCGUUGCCAUGAUAAUGACAUCGGUACGGUGGUGUACGAUGUGGUAACCUAUGACUGACAAAAGCCUACUGCGUCGAUGAGCCCGGCCUGGCAAUCGGCAUGACACAGCUUCGUGUAUUGUGCAUUCGGGAGGAAAAUACGUGAACCGCUGCCAAGUUCUCCAAUUUUUCCUUGUCACGAGGCCCGGACCGAUAUCCAGAAUGUCUUCCCAAACGGUUGAUCGGCUAAUUUACUGUUGUUGUCGUUCUCAGUUCUCGUGCAGGGCACGAGAUUCACGUGCGCACAUGAAAAUCGCGUUUUUGCCAUUAGGGUGCUGCGGUGCAUGUGUUUCGCGUCACCACACUGCGCUGCGCUGCGCCAUGGUGGGACAGGAGAUGAUUGAUUUAUUGAGGGAAAAUGGCAGCAGAGAGCAACGCUACACCGGACAUGGAUAUUCAUUAGUGGCGACGAGGCUGGGGCGCACAUAGAAAUUGCACAAUAGAUCGCGCAGCAGAGGCAGCGAUCACAACAACAACAACAGCACGAUAGUUAUGUUUCAUUAUCGAUGAGGAAUGAGCGACAUGCGAGUCAUGCGGAUUCUGCAACUUGCAUUAUUUACCUUGCCACGUAGCAGCAGUUAGGCGUAGUAGUAGGCGGUGACGGCAGCGCGGUUUGACAGACGUUGAGGACGGGGUAAAUUUCUGGGAAGUUGUUAGCUUGAAGGUUGCUGCGCUUGGAGAAGCGCUUUGUUGACAUUUGAUCGGACUUUAAUUGACGGAGGAAAAGACAGUUCGGGGAGCUCAUGUUGAGUGGAUUAAUGUGAAACGAAUUAUUGCAGGGCCUUCUGUGAUAGGGCGUUUUGAAAAAUGCUAUUCAGGUGAUCACAGAGCUGUUUAUCUAGCACUUAGCUGCUUAGCAAUCCUGCGGGAAAGAAUGAUCUGACAGCUCACUUGGAUCGAUCGAUAGUAUAGAUUGAUAUCACUCAUUAUUGAUCGUAUUGAUCAUUUGUCGCGGUACCAUGGUUUGGAAGUGUCAAUUUCUUGAUUUUUGAAUUCAAAAUAGCCAUCUAUGCUCAUUUUUUUCCGAAGGCAGUGUUUAGUCAGGGUUGUCAUUUUAUAGCCAGUGAAAACUACUCCAUAACUUAACACUCAAACACUUAUAUUAGCGUAAAUUAACUGGAUUUGAACCGAUAAAAUUGGAAGUGACAUAUCUGCCGACUCAUUUUGAAGAGAAUUCUACGGGUGUUACUCAUUUACGAAUAACGAAGAUAUUAUACUGAACGAUAUGGCCUGUUUCGCACACCGUGAUGUGAAUAAAAGUUCAUCUUACCAAUAAUCACAGAGAGAAAAAGAUUACAAACGAAAUAUGUAUAUUAUCCAGUUGCAACGAUUUUGAGGAAAGAAGAAAUCCCAAAGAUAAGGAAACGUCAUGUUCUUAAGGUUGUAUAAAAUCCAUUAUUGUUUUGUUAAAUUUGAACAUCGAAUUUUAUUUGAUUUCUGUGUCGUUGAAUUGUGAGGUAGAAUGUCCCCUGCAGUCAUUCGUGCUCAAACUAUUAUUAUUUUCUGGUUUGUUUUACGUUCAGCUCAUACGACUACGCGUAUUUUGGUUGUACAGUUUUAGUAAAGUCUCGUUUUGUUUGUGCUACGCAUCUUGUUGUUGAAUAUAGUUAUAAUACAAAUAGACUUAGAAUAUAUGAAGGUAAUUGAUGAAAACCAGAAAAGAUUUUAGAAAAGACUAAAGAGAAAAAUACCUAACUAUAUAUAUGCGGAUAAAUGCAAUAAUAGUGUUAUUAUUUUAUUAAACUAUUAACUAUUAAUCGUAAGUAUUUUACUGAUAUAUAUGAGUAUAUAUAUAAAGUAUUGGUCUAUGUACAAAAGUUGUGAAGCAUUACAGAAGGAGUGCGAGUUACUAUUUGCAAUAAAACAAAUUAAGGAUCGUUGCUACAACCAUACAAAUCAAAACAAGAGUGAAGUUUAAAAAGAAAUACACUUACUUAACAAAACAAUGAAAGCAAAUAAACAAAAAGCAACAUCUAAUGAAAAAAAUGCAUAUUACUAAUAAAAUCUAAAGUAAAGGAAUCAGAUACAAUAAUUAACUUAUAGUUAUCAAUUGAACUUUUCAAAAGGUUAUUAAAUUAUUGCUAUUACAUGAAAUAUACUUAAAAGAAUGCAAGAACAAAUGUAUUAAUAUUUAACAUACGAUCAGAAACAUAAACAUAUUGAAGCAGUCACUUUACAAAAGACAACAAAAAAGACAAAAGCAAAUAUACACAAAAAUCAAAACUCAUGUUACGAAUCGAUGUUGUUUAAUGAAUCCACAUUUCCUUGAAAUUGCCAAUAAAGCUGAAUGGUUAGUACAUGAUCUUUGAUUCCGUUACUUACCCAACGCAGAACGUCGUAUUAUUAUAGGUGUGUUUCAUCAGCUAGUAGCGAAAUACAAACGAAGAGGAAAAUACCCAUACUGUAUAAGUUUGAAUAAGUCUCACGUUCACAAAACCCAUUUACAUAUUCACAUACCGUAAUCGAGAAAAGCUAUGCACGUUUCUGCGGAAAAAAAAAGAUAAAACCCAACAAACAGGAUAAAUUUAAAACCUAAACGCAAAACUAACGGUUAACGAGAAAAACUCAAAAGAAAAGUGAAAACGAAAGACGGAAAAUAGUCGCGUUAAAACAUUUACAAAACCACAUACACACAAACUUCAAAUGCAUCAGUUAAAAACGAAGCACUUACACAAAAACACACACACCCACAUAACUUGAUUGAGCAAAUAGACCAUUUAGUUGGCUGAGAGACUGCCGCCGGCACCCCGGGCAGAACAAAUGUGAACAAAACCCAUGAAACAUAUAUAGGAACAUAUUGUGAGAGAAAAAAUGCAGAAUAAAGAAAAAACAAGUUGAAACGAUGAAAAA